GACAGGUUCGAUGUCGUCACACCGCAGUGCCUUCUGGUAGAUUCGCCAUAUUGGAAGCUCGCUGUUGUUUUGAUAGUCUGAAGUACUUUUUGCGGUCAGCCUGCUGCCAGUCGUGUAGUUCAUCAACGCUACAGACAGACGCACUCUCCCUGUCUGUGUGCUCUUUCUCUCUCUCUCUCUCACACACACACACACACAUCCACACUCCUCCGAUGGAGGUAAUAUGUGUGUGGAGUGUGCUAAUGGUGUUGUGUCCCUACGUGCAGCAGGGCUCCACAUGACUAUUAUUGUGGGACAAGAAAAGUAUUUUACUGUUUAGCUUUUUGGCGCGAAAAUUACAGAAGCCAGGUUGCAAACCUAACCAAGAGUGGUCGAAUAUGACUUGGCUGACAGCUGAUUCAGACACCAAUGCAGUCUAUGAUUCCGACACCAAUUCCGAGUGGUCCUAACAUUUUCAUUCUGGUAAACCAGCAUAUGAAAUGUCCAGACCCGGGCACCGUCUGUAAAUUUUGGUCAGAGUGAGACCAAGCCCAGGCAAAUAUAAAACGGCGAGGGACAAAGAGUACGCCAGCGAUGGAUGAGACUGCAGUGGAUGACGACACUCAAAGACAAGCAGCACCAACGCUACUAGAGGAGGAUGGAGAAGAAGCGUCAGGUAAUGACGUUUCCAAUGUGGAGGAUGUACAGACUCGUGGCAUUCAGCAGCGACCAAUGAGGUCUUCAAAGGAUGUGGCAAAGAGGAUUCAGUGGCGCGUGGUCCUGGGCGGACGGAUCACAGACCACCCGCUGUGGAGCCCCUCCUCUAAUGGUGUCCAGUGCAGCAAGAACUUCUCCCCAGACACGUUGGACCACGUAGGUCAAAUCAUUCCACUGAGAGAUGACUCAACACAAACUCGAUUUGAUACCAACAAGAUGAAGACUAAUAGUUGUGAAGGAACAGAGAGGAAGUCUAACUUGGUCCAGACAAAGAGGAAUCCUGAAGUGCCCAAGAACGUUUCUAAUGUAAAAAUUAGACCAAAAAGACCAAAGCAAAAAAGAAAGUGGCGUAGUGACGAGAACCAAAAUGCAGAGGAUGCAGAAGACCCUAAAGACUCUCGCACUUGUCUGAUGGAUCACGCCCUGGCAGCAGAGCUGCUGGAACUGGUCAGCGGCACUGUGGCCAAGAUCCAGAGGCACCAGCAGGCCAGCCGGGGGCUGCAGAAUGACCACAGCUGCUUGUCCCUCCCCUCGGACCCAGCCCGACUCGCCGCUCUGGUCAGCGGGUUGGUCAAGGACAAGCACCGUGAUGAGGACGAAGUCCUGUCCUUACGCAGUAGGCUGAAGACCAAGGAACAGCAGCUGGAGGAAAACAAGGCGAGGUUCGAGGAGCGCUACAGUGAGCUGGGCGCCAAGCUCUGCUCUCUGGACGUGCAGCUUAAGCGGGAGCGAGAGGAGAAGCGCCACCUGCAGGAGGAGCUGAAGGAGGCCAAAGCACAGCUGGUGUCCAGCAACAACACCAUCCUCUUCCUCAGCAGCAAGCACAGCCAGCCCGCUCCUCCUCGACCCAAGCCUACCUUCACUGCCCUCUCUGCCCGCGUGCUGAGCCGCGGCCCCGCUCAGUGGGUGCGCUUCUUCACGGGCUUCAGUUCUUACGCCCGCUUUCAGGCCUUCCUGGCCUUCCUGCAGAGUGGGGACAGCACCCUACUGGUACAGAGCUCCCUCGGCAUGGCCGCGGAAGGAGAGGAGAAGAAGGAUGAGGAGGAGGAGGAUGAGACCGUGGAGAGGAAGACGGAGAAUGGACCGUCAGACACGGAUGGGAUUGACCAGGAGUCCACACCACCCACCCAGGGCGAUGACCCCACACUCUUCCAAGAGGAGGAAGAGGAUGAGGCCACAGCAGAGUCUGUGCGCAUGAAUCUCAUGGCCGAACUGCAGCAGCGGUCACUACCGUCCAAGCAUGCUCUGGCCCCUGAGGACGAGCUGCUGAUGGUGCUGGCGCGCCUGCGUCUGGGCAUGCUGGUGCAGGACACGGGCUUCCGCUUCCAGGUGCCGGACUCCACCGCUGGCCGCGUCUGGGCCGACUUGAUGGGCCUCAUGCAGCGGCGCCUGCAACAGGUCCCUGUGCGCGGUAGCCACCUUUACAUCAACCGGUUCCAGCCGCAGCACUCGCUCCACCUGGGCGCUGGCCGAGAGCUGGCCGUGCUCGAGUGCACUGACCUCCUCUUCGAUGCCAUGUUUAGUGACCGCAAGGCCUUGGCGCAAGCUGAAAAGCAGCCUCACAGGGCUCGUGAACCCCCCAAGACCCGCAAGACCCGCAAGCUCCGCAAGACACGCAAGAUGCGUAAGGCUCCCACUGCUGUGUCCGAGCCAUCGUCGUCGUCCGAGCCCGGCCUCCGGCCGUACCGGUACCUGUGUCCGCAGCGGGGCUGUACUGUGGCCUCCCCCGAGGGUCACCUGGGGUUCUGCAGCGCCAGCCGGCUGCAGGACUGGGAGGACUGGGCCACCGAACCCGAGGGACCCGAGCCGGACACCCUGCCCGCCCUCCCGCCGUACCUGGUGGGCGACGAGAGAGGGUUCGUGCCCGUGCCCGCCGACGGCACGCCGUGCCUGCAGGUACUGAGCGUCCGGUCGCUGACGAAUAGAGUGCACACCUUCCGCUACCUGCGGAUGGUCCACGUGCCGACAGAGGCUGCCAUCGCUCAGUUGGACAGGGCCUGGGAGGUGUGUUGUUACUUGGCCUGUCUGCAGAGCAAUCCAAUGGGACUGAGAUAGAGGCGGGACUUACGGCCAUCAUUCAGGGAGAGGGGCGGAGGAGCAGGGACAGGAAGGAACUGUGAAAAACAUUUCUUUUUAUGUACUUAUAUAUAUACUGACUGUACAGUAAGAAAUGCGCAUGCAUGCAUGUUCUUUUUCAAGUUUGUAUGUUUUGUCAAGAUUUUUUUAUAAUAAACAUGGCUUUUUCUGGUA